AGGGGGCGGGGCCGGUGCGCGGCCGUCUUCGCUGCCGCUGCCGCCCGCGCUGCGGCCGGAAACAAUAGUGGAAGAGUCCGAGCCGCGCGGAUCGGCUGCGGCGGCGCGCGAGGCUGGACGGGACACUAUGAACGAAGAGGAGCAGUUUGUAAACAUUGAUUUGAAUGAUGACAACAUUUGCAGUGUUUGUAAACUGGGAACAGAUAAAGAAACACUCUCCUUCUGCCACGUUUGUUUUGAACUAAAUAUUGAUGGAAUACCAAAAUCUAAUCUCUUGCACACCAAAUCGUUAAGGGGCCACAAAGACUGCUUUGAAAAAUACCAUUUGAUUGCAAAUCAGGAUUGUCCUCGAUCUAAGCUUUCAAAAAGUACUUAUGAAGAAGUUAAAACCAUUUUAAGUAAGAAGAUAAACUGGAUUGUACAGUAUGCACAAAAUAAGGAUCUGGAUUCAGACUCUGAAUGUUCUAAAAAUCCCCAGCGUCACCUGUUUAAUUUCAGGCAUAAGUCAGAUAAAAAGUUACUCCCACAGUUUGACUCCCAAGUUCCAAAGUAUUCUGCAAAGUGGGUAGAUGGAAGUGCAGGUGGUCUGGCAAACUGUACACAGAGAAUAUUGGAACAAGGGGAAAAUGCAGACUUUGGGCUUGCUGUGUUACAAGAUUCAAGUACCACUCUGUGCCACAAUGGUGUAUUGUGGCCUCAUAGUCAAAACCAGGAACAGAAAAAAGAAAAGACAAUCUCUAACCCAGAGGCUAACGUCCAGACCCAGCAUCCACAUUACAGCAGAGAGGAAUUGAAUUCAAUGACUCUUAGUGAGGUAAAGCAACUGAAUGCAGAGCUCCGACAGCAAAUACAAGAAGUCUUUGAAGAGUUAGCCCACCAAGUGCAAGAAAAAGAUUCUUUGGCCUCACAGCUCCAUGUCCGCCACAUUGCAAUCGAACAGCUUCUUAAGAACUCUUCCAAGUUACCAUGUCUGCAAGUGGGACGAACGGGAAUGAAGUUACAUCUACCCAUAAACAACUGAACUCAGUUUACACUUAUUUCCUAUGCCCUGCCAUUUUUUGAUCAGUUAGGCAUGCACAGUUUGAAGCUGAAGAAGGUUAUGGUCAGUUAUUUUAUGGUCAUUAAAUUUGUGAAGCUUAAGACAACAUUUAACAUCUUUGUCAAAUAAAGCAGAUCUUAACUCUAGUCUUCUAGGGUUAAUCAUUUUGGUUCAUUUGGGAAAUGUUUUUUUCCCAUAAUUACUAAAUGGCCCUAAUUUUUACCACAUGUGACUACUUAAAUAUACUGUUACAGUGUGAUUUUAUUAAACAUAUUCUAAUGUAAUUCACCUGUCAAAACAAUAGACAGUUUACAGAGUUCUUAGAUUAGUGUGAACUACUAAAGAUAAUUUUUAAGAGGGAAAUGGAAUUCAUAAUACCACCUCUUAUUUAUUAUGAGCAAUAUUUUAAUAUGAAAAUUUUAUAUAUAAAAAAUGCUAUUUUAGGUACCUUUUCAUUCUCUUUAUAAAUGUGUAUUUGAGUGGUUCUGUAUAUUAUAUUUACACUUUCAUGUGUGAAUAUGUUGCCCAUAUUUCAGAUCACUGCAUUUUAUUCUCUUAAUACACUGUUUUUACAACUAUUAUCUUGUUUUCCAAAGAUAAAUGUAUUUAAGCAUAGAAAUCUAUCUAGUUGAAUUGUUUUGACUUCUGGUAACUCUUUGGAAAGAGGAAUUAAUAACUUUUUAAAGAAUGCAGGAAAAUAGAAGAUAUUUUUUUCUAACAAAGGCAGUUACGAGUUAGUUCAGGAAGAAAAUGCUAAUCUAGUUUUUAUAUGUCAGCUUGUCUCUGGAAGUAAAAGCCUAUUCUACAUCAUUAUUACUUUCCUUUUAAUGACUUUGAUGUUUUAGAAUUUGGACAGUUUUAGUCAAGCCUCACUUCCAAGUCAAAUGUAAUAUCUAUCUUCAAAUAGAAUAUGCCAUGAAAUUGUUGUCCUGUCUUUGAGAAGAAUUAAAAUGAUUUAGUGUGCCACUCUGGAUAAAAGUUCAAGAAUCCUUCAGCUGUCCAAAUUCUGCUGUCAACAUCGUUGAAAGUUGUGCCCAAAGAAAGCAUUGUGAGAUAUUUUCCUAAACUGUAGAAUCUAAAGGAAAAGAGAAGAUUACUUGACACAACAAAACAAAACUCUAAUCCAAAAAAAUAAGCCCAUUUAUAAGAGGAUAUUCUUAUUAGUUGCCUGUUAUGUUUCCAAAGAGUUCUGAAACUCAUAGUUUGUCUCACAGGUAAAUAAUAGGUUUUCAAAUAAUGUAUUAUAGUAAAAGCUACAACCAAUGCAGAAUUAAAAUGGGCUCUAAAUUCUGUUUUCAACUGGUGCUUAGAAUGUAUUUAUGAGGUAGGAUCCUUUGCUUAAUAGAAACUACGGAAAAGCCCUUUAACUUGGCAGUUUCAUGCCUAAAGAAAGGUAUGAAUGAUUUCUGCCUUACAUUUGGCUCUGGCCCUGGCUUGGGUCAGAUUUUGGUCUUAAACACAAAGAUUAUUUGGCUAAGCAAAGAAACACCUCAAUCUAGUAGAGGACAGCUUUUUAUGAUGCUAAAAUGUGUAUGUUAAAUUUGCCUCAGGAUAUUAAUUGAUAUUUCACUAAUUUUGUUUUGCUUUUUUUGAAAUAUAAUUGCUUUUUGGAGGAGCUUUUGAAAGAUGCUUUCAAUUUCUCUCAAUUGAGUCAUCCAAAAUGAAUUUAAAAUCCAGGGAGUGGGGAUGCAUUGCCUUAGUUUUGAUAAGCUUUAAAUUUAAUGUGUGCAAUAUCAAAAUGUCUAUAAAUUUAUAGAUUGAAUAAAGAUACUUCCUGAUGAUACUGGUAAGUAUCUCAGUGCUUCAUUCCUGUGAUCACAUUUUCAAAUUUGACUUUACUUUUUUUUUUGUCAUAACUCAUUAAGAAUGUUACCAGCCAGUGUGCUUGCAUACAUUUGUGCUUCUAUUUAAAUCACUUAGGGACAGUCAUAAAAGUUUGGGAUAUGUUGCAUUUGAUACACGUAGUAGCUUGUUUCUAGAAUAUGAGCCAUAUGGUGCAGUCUCAAAUACAACAGUCUUACCCAAAGCAAGUAUUUGCUUGUUUCUUAAAGAGUUUCUGGCAAAUAUGUAGCUUUACUAAUGAGUUUGGCACAAUUGGAUGGGAUCGUAUACGUACCAAGGUCUUAACUGGGGAUUCUGAUUUAUUCCAUUUAGAUAUUUCUACUUAAGCUCUUCAAAGGAAAGGUGCUCUUAAAAAAUAUCUGCGGUGCUGGUACUCGCACUAGAACCUAGUUUGGAUGGAUAUUCUAGUAAAAAAAUUUUGAAAAAAAUAUUUUGCACAGCAGUUUAUCUAAAAUUUGGUGAUCUUAUAUUUCUAUGUCAGUUUUCUUGAAUAUGCAAUAUUGUAUAUGCUAAAAUAAGAAUAAAGGAUAGAGUCGAGUUCUACCUUGAGAGGACAUGAAAUACCACAAAUAUUGAUUACCAUACUUGGCUAUUUUUCUGUACAGUUGUUUGUAUCCUUUGAGGAAGUUUAGAAGAAAAUCUCACACAUACCUUCAGUUUCAAAAUGGCAAAAGAGAGACUGCUAAUCAGCCAUUACUAACAUUUUCAUAGCUCAAAUGAUUAAGGGGAAUGAAACAAGACUAAUUUUUUUUUCACUUUAGAUUUCAUAAUUAGACAAGUUGAACUAAGAAAUCAGUUUCGAGUGGAAAGUAAUUUUGACCACACAAGAUUAUUUAAAUAUUUAAAAUCCUCUAGCCCUUUAAAUUAAGCUAAAAAUCUGUUUACUUUAGGAUUAUGAUCCUUUAAUCCCAGCACUUAAUGUCCAGAUUAGUCCUUUUUUUAAGGCAUGCACGUGUAAAAUAAUGCACCAAUAAUAGAUGAUGCAUGCAAGCGGCAGGAUAGUGUUUUGUGCCAUUAUGUAGUUCCUUACACACAGUGCGGAGCAAAGAAAUGUUACUAGUUUUUCAAAUCAUGUGUUCAUUUUGUCACAAAGUAUUCAUUUUCAUAUACAUUUGAGGAUUAUUUUUAAAUAAAUUCAUGUUAGAAAGUGAUUUCAGAAAUAUAGACAAAAUAUAUUCUAUUUUCUUACUGGCACCUUGACAGGCAUCUUGAGAUUUCUCGAGUUUUUUCAUUUUACCAUAUUCCUUACCACUGAAAAUGGUUUAAAGUGAGUUCUUUUUUGUUUGUAUUUAUUUAUUUUUUUUUUUACUUCGGUGUUUACACUGUUGAGGAUUAUCAGCUUUUGCUGGGUUUUUUUUUUUUUAAUUGAUUUUUAGGGAUCGAUGUGUCUGUGCUAAUGUUUAUCAAUUUUUGUUUUAUUUUAAAAGAAAUCUACCUGUGUUAUUAAUGUUGUAAAAUGUAAUACAAAAUGUAUAUGCUCAAAACUUCAGUAGGAACUUUUAAAGAAUAAAUUAUUUGUGUAGCUUAAUAGGAGGUUUGGGUCAGUAAUCAUAAAAUUACGGUUACGUGACAUGAAAACUUUCAAGUGGUACAAUGUAGAGUUCUUGUAGUGUUAUUUUUAUGCUAAAGUAAGAUAUUUGAGUAUUUUUAAGUACUUAAUAAAAAAUGUACUACUCUGCAAAUUUUUUUAAAUAUCUUUUGUUCAGACGUGGCUAAAAAACCCGACUAUUUCACUUUGACAUUUCAUUGCAUUUUCAACUUUAGGUUGGUGGAAAUAAUAAUUUGGGGAAAUUUGUGGAGGUGGGGAGGGAGAGAGUUUAUUUACCAGAAUAAUAAGGUAAUGUGGCUCUGGCACAAGUAAAGCUAUCUUGGAGGAGGGCUAUAAUACUGUGCUUGGAAUAACAAGGUUCUGUCCAGCGUCCAGCAACGCAUUCACUUCAUCCUUUUCUAGUUGCCCUUAUUAUUGUAGUCUAACCUAUUAAGCAACUUGGUCACCUUGCUAUGAACUCUAUCAGCAAUCUCUGGCAUUAAGAUUUCUUUAACAUCUAGUUUGUAACUCUCCCUUUUCCUAUUCUUUUUAGUUUAUAAGAGUCCAAAUUAAGAGUUCCCGUCGUGGCUCAGCAGCAUUGAACCCGACUAGUAUCCAUGAGGACUUGGGUCCAAUCCCCGGCCUUGCUCAGUGGGUUAAGGAUCCAGCAUUGCUGUGAGCUGUGGUGUGGGUUGCAGACAGGGCUCGGAUCCCGUGCUGCUCUGGCUGUGGUGUAGGCCGGAAGCUACAGUUCAGAUUGGACCCCCUAGCCUGGGAACCUCACAUGCCACAGGUGCAACCCUAAAAAGACCAAAAAAAAAAAAAAAAAAUCCAAAUUAUCAAUACUUUUCAAUGAUACUGAAUUAGUCCAUGAUUUUAACCUUAUCAAAUUAAAACAUUAAAAAAUCAUGAAGAUGAGUAUUGCCCUCCACCCUCCCCUCAAAAAAGUGUUCAUUAAACUUAACUACACAGAAAGGAAAGGGUGUAUUUCUUCUUUCGAACAUGUGUAGAAUGUUUAUUUCCAUUCUACUACCUCCAAAAGAGGCAUUUUAGAAAGUGUUCUGUAGUGACAUACUAAAUGCCAUUCAUACUAUUAUAAUUUGUGUGUGUUAACCUUGCUUAAUUUGAAUAGAAAUGCAUACAAUUGUGCUAAGAUCUUUAAGAAAAGAAAAUGAAGCUAUAGUGAUGAAAAUCAAAGAAGUUUAUUUAGCUUGGCUGUUGAACUUUGUUUUUAGAACUGCAAUAAUUUAUAUAUUUGUAUUGCUCUGCUUUGGAACCAUUAUGCUUGUCUACUAUUUUUAAUUUUACAACAAUAAAAUAAAUAUUUUAUUAUCUG